AUGGAUCAACAUGUGUGGAUGAAAUUAUUGACCACCCUUACAUUUCUCUUCCUCUCGUCGUCUAAACUCUUUGAAACAGUUCUUUCUCAGGGAGAAUAUGAGGGAUCCGUAAGACUCGUAAAUGGCGGAAAAGCAAAUGAGGGGCGGAUUGAGAUCUACCACUCCGGGGAGUGGGGUACUAUAUGUGACGAUGGCUGGGAUUUGAAUGAUGGCGCGGUCGCUUGCCGACAGCUGGGUUACUCUGGAGUCGACCAGGUUUACAGCUCUUCCUAUUUUGGAGAAGGGUAUGGAAGUAUCUGGCUGGAUGACGUUCAGUGCAGUGGCACGGAGGCCCUACUGACUCAAUGCUCAAACACUGGCUGGGGAAUACACAACUGUGGUCAUUCAGAGGAUGCCGGAGUAACGUGCUUACCUAAUGAUGCCGAACCAGAGGGAUCCAUAAGACUCAUUAACGGUGGAGCAGCAAAUGAGGGGCGGAUUGAGAUCUACCACUCGGGUGAGUGGGGUACUAUAUGUGAUGAUGGCUGGGAUUUGAAUGAUGGCGCGGUCGCUUGCCGACAACUGGGUUACUCUGGAGUCGACCAGGUUUACAGCUCUUCCUAUUUUGAAGAAGGGUAUGGAAGUAUCUGGCUGGAUGACGUGCAGUGCAGUGGCACAGAGGCCCUACUGACUCAAUGCUCAAACACUGGCUGGGGAAGACACAACUGUGGUCAUUCAGAGGAUGCCGGAGUAACGUGCUCACUUGAUGAUGCCGAACCAGAGGGAUCCAUAAGACUCAUUAACGGUGGAGCAGCAAAUGAGGGGCGGAUUGAGAUCUACCACUCGGGGGAGUGGGGCACUAUAUGUGAUGAUGGCUGGGAUUUGAAUGAUGGCGCGGUCGCUUGCCGACAGCUGGGUUACUCUGGAGUCGACCAGGUUUACAGCUCUUCCUAUUUUGGAGAAGGGUAUGGAAGUAUCUGGCUGGAUGACGUUCAGUGUAGUGGCACAGAGGCCCUACUGACUCAAUGCUCAAACACUGGCUGGGGAAGACACAACUGUGGUCAUUCAGAGGAUGCCGGAGUAACGUGCUCACUUGAUGAUGCCGAAUCAGAGGGAUCCAUAAGACUCAUAAACGGUGGAACAGCAAAUGAGGGUCGGAUUGAGAUCUACCACUCGGGUGAGUGGGGUACUAUAUGUGACGAUGGCUGGGAUUUGAACGAUGGUGCGGUUGCUUGUCGACAGCUGGGUUACGCUGGAGUCGAACAGGUGUAUGGUGCAUCUGAAUUUGGACAAGGGUACGGCAGAAUCUGGCUUGAUGACAUUCAGUGUUACGGAGGAGAGCUGACAUUGCCAGAAUGUUCAAAUGGCGGCUGGGGAAUCACAAACUGUGGUCAUUCAGAUGAUGCCGGAGUUACGUGCGCACUUCAUGCCGCUGAAGGGACAGUGCGUUUGGUGAACGGUCCUUCCACUUCUGAAGGACGCUUGGAGGUUUACCACAACGGCCAAUGGGGGACCGUAUGCGACGACGACUGGGACCACGAGAACAGCCAGGUGGUCUGUCGACAACUGGGGUUCGGCGGCCACGGGUUCUUCACCACCGGGCUCAUGGGUUACGAAGAGGCUGUAGGACCAAUCUGGCUGGACAAUGUCGAGUGUUACGGGAAUGAGGAGCGGCUGGUCUACUGUAUAUAUCAAGACUGGGGAUCAAACAACUGCGAUCAUACAGAAGAUGUUGGAAUACAGUGCACGCCUAAUCAUGGUAACGGCCUCUCAGGUUGGGAAAUAGCUGGAAUCGUCAUUGGAUCAUUAGUGGGAUUGUUCUUUUUCUAUCAGUGCUGCCUGAAGAAAAACACCUCAAAACCUCCCUCACCAGAACCCGGUGCAAAUACGGAAAACCCUUCAGGUGAUGUAGCUGGAGAAGGAACAGAGGACUUUGGUGACGUACCAAGAGAGAGUAUAAGAGAAUUAGCCCUGACCCACAUAGGUGAUCCAAACUCGAGCCUACCGGACGUUCCACCACCAGCGUAUGAAGACAUCGGGAAGUUCACGUCCUUCAAUAUGCCGGGAUCGGGAGGGUUCUAUUCGCCACCAACGUCUGCGGCAUUCCACCUACCUCCAAGCCAACCUUAUCCACCGUCCACCGCGCCCUAUCCCCCUGUAUCCUACGUAGCGUACCCACCACCACCACCACCACCACCACCACUACCAUCAUCAACCGCAUGUGUUUCCACUGUUGCGUACCCGUACCAUUCGGGUGGUUCAAGGAUACCAUCUGCACCCCCUGGAUUACCUCCAGCAAGCUAAAACACUAAAUCUAUUUUUAUAAAUGUAUCUUAUACCGGGAUUUUAUACUCAAGAUCAAUGCUCCUCCUCGAUAAAGACUUCCACACAUGUUUUCAGGAGACGUCCGUUCAUCAGUAGUGCGAAUCAAGCCGUUUAGGGGUGCCGAUCGAAUUCAUGUUGUCCGCAGGGAGAGAGGGAGAGAGAGAGAGAGAGAGAGAGGGGGGGGGGGACGACGAGGAUCUCAGUACGGAAUGCAUACUUUUAAAGAACAAGGUCAUCGGGCUGGGUGGAAUAUUAAUUUUUCUCCCUUUAUCCCCUUUUUUUCAAUUAGGGGAAGGGGAAGGGGGCGAUGUCACCUGUGCUCCCAAAGCUGUACCACUGAUUCAGCAUAAUAUUUCAUCAUAAUUGUUAGGGUUACCCAUGCAUGUCGGUUGAUGUCAACCUCGAUUCCUAUAUUAUACUUUACUACGACUAGUAUUUUCCAUGUUGAAUAAACUAUCACAAUUUGUCUUUUAAUCCUUUUUAGUUUUGGUCCGUUAUCCGACGUCUUUUUUAAA